AUGUUUUCGAAGCCUUUUAAGCCCUUGACGAUUCGGAAGCCUGCUACACAUGAUGGAACAGACGAUUUUCCUGACCCUGCUCCCAAACGUCAGAAAUUGAGCUCAUCUGUAUCGAAUACUCCCGUCCGCGCCCGAGCAUCGUUUUCCUUAAAGGUUCGACAAGAUCAAGAACGAGGGAGUGAUCGAGGGGCCCUCAAGGCAAUCCAGAACCCGCCAAGUCCGACGGCUACAUCAGAGCAUCAUUCAGAGAAUGCCGUAUCAUACUACUCAGUCCUUUGGCGUCUUCCGACGAACAAAAAGAACAAGACCUGGACGGAUGAUGGGGUUCUGGCUGUCAACAAAGGCUAUGGAAGUCUUUUCAACAACACUGGACGAGGCAUUGGCCGGACUGCCUUAUCCGCAGUAGUCACACCAGGACUCAACCUCUCCGUUGGUGGCAAAGAGGUCGAGAUCGAGGCUCAAAUCACCAAGCAUGAUUAUCUUGCUAUUGUGGACCCCAGAGCCAGUUCUGAAAAGCCUAAGGACAAGCCUUUGUCUCAAUGUCCCCCUGCACAAUCUGCUCAGUCAAAACCCACUCUGAAAGAUCAGAUGAAAAUGCAGAUACGUAAAGAGAAGGAAGUCAGUGCAACGAAGAGCAUGCAUUCUACACCGCAGACUACAGCAUUCAAGCAGCCACUCAAAGAGACGACCGUAAUGUCUCAAGGGCCUUCGGAAACGCCCACACCUCGACAUGAUCCUUCAGCAGCUGGCGCUAUUGUCUUCAAACGACCAAAGACUGUUCCACCUGGUAGACAGAUGGUGGAUAUCGUUCUUGAUCCUCUUUUGGGCAAGAGAUUACUACCCCAUCAACCAGCAGCUAUCACCUUUCUUUACGAAUGCGUCAUGGGACUACGAGACUUUGACGGCCAGGGCUGCAUUCUCGCAGAUGCUAUGGGAUUGGGCAAGACGCUAACGACGAUAUCUUUACUCUGGACAUUGUUACGGCAGAACCCUAUCUACAAAGCACCUCCUAUAGUGAAAAAAGCCCUGAUCGUCUGUCCCGUAUCCCUCAUUCGUAAUUGGAAACGAGAGUUCAAAAAGUGGCUCGGGGCAGAUAGACUAGGCGUUCUUGAGUUCGAAGAUCAAAAAACACGGCUAAGUAAUUUCGAUGGCAGGGUUUUCCAAGUCAUGAUCAUUGGGUACGAAAGGUUACGUAUGGUGGCUGAUGACUUGAACAAGGGCCACCCCAUUGAUAUCGUCAUCUGCGAUGAAGGUCACCGACUGAAAACCAUGAAGAACAAGAGUGCGAAGGCUAUAGAGUCAUUGAAUACGAAGAGGAGAAUAAUUCUGUCCGGGACGCCGAUCCAGAAUGACAUGAGCGAAUUCUUUGCAAUGGUCAAUUUUGUGAAUGAUGGUUGUCUGGGCUCACAGAAAGGCUUCAUCAGAGAUUUUGAGAAGCCAAUUAUGAGAAGCAGGCAGCCUGAUGCGAGUGAAGAAGAUAUUGAGCGUGGGGAGAUGGCGAGCGAUGAAUUGAACCGCUCUACUUCUUCCUUCAUCCUCCGCAGGACAGCCGACAUCCUUGCCGAUUACCUGCCCCCAAAGACCGAGUUUGUGCUUUUUUGCAAGCCUACACAGGCUCAGGCAAAAAUAUACCGGCAUGUCCUGCAGUCACCAAUGUUCCACACUGCUCUUCGCAGCAAUGAAACCGCGUUUCAGCUCAUCACGAUCCUCAAAAAGCUAUGCAAUAGCCCGGCACUCAUGGAUCCCAAGUGCGGCAUUGACGAUUCAACGCCGUCAUCUUCGCUAACGACCUUGAACGAGAUGCUUCCCGGGACUCUUUCGAAACUGUACCAAAAUCAUCUCUCCUGCAAAAUUCGGCUCCUUGACCAGCUUUUGCAGCAGAUAAGGCGCACGACUGAUGAAAAGGUAGUUGUGAUUUCGAACUACACCUCCACCCUCAACCUCAUUGAGCAAUUGCUUAAGAACUCGGACUUGCCUUUUCUCCGUCUGGACGGCUCCGUGGCGGCCACCAAAAGGCAAGGUCUCGUGGAUCGAUUCAACAACUCCAAAAGUUCCCAGGUUUUUGCAUUCUUGUUGAGUGCCAAGGCAGGCGGCAUGGGGAUCAAUCUACCUGGAGCCAGUAGACUCAUCCUUUUCGAUGUAGACUGGAACCCGGCCAUAGAUGAGCAAGCUGUUGCGCGAAUCCAUCGACAAGGGCAGAAGCGUCCCUGUAUGAUCUACCGAUUCCUCAUCAAAGGGGGCUUGGAAGAGAAGAUCUGGCAACGACAAGUUGUCAAGAAAGCUUUGGCCGACAGCAUCAUGCAGGGUGGUUCUGCCACAUCCACCAAUGGCCUCGAACACAGACAAAAGGGCAAAAGUCAAACGACCAUGUUCAGCCAGGAAGAAUUAAAGGAUCUAUUUCGUUUGGACGAGAGCAAGGGACUCCGCACCCACGACCUGAUUGGGUGCGAUUGCAACGGCGAAGGUCUCAAGGAUGGACUUUUUCCCCCGGAAGAGAUAUUGGACCCUCCCGAAGCCGUUGGAAAGAAUGAUGAGAUGGGUCAUGAUGCUGAUGAGGAGCUACCCGAGAUGUCGGAGUUGCUAAAGAGACCCGAUAUAUCGUCCCGUCGAUCCAAAACCCAUGUCAUCGCAUCCAAAACUGACCUUGAAGCUGAACGAGACGAGUUACUGAAGUACGCUCACAUCGAUACUUCGAUCUUCUCUCGGCCAGACGCGGAUGGUGAACUGUUGGACCGCAUAUUGACAAUACUUGAUGAUGACUGUCUAGAGCACGUUCUCCGUCUGGACCAAGACACGACUGGCGGAGGAAGUGUCGCGUACAUUUUCAAGAAAACAACGGGGGGCCAAGGUCUAUAA